AUGGCGUCUCUGAGUAAAGAGCAGCAGACCGAAUUCUACAAUCACGUUGCUACGGUUAAGAAGGACCUCGAUGUCAGAGUAGCAGAUUCAGAAUCCCUCCCUAGCUCUCCAGAGCUAGCAUCAUCAGUCAGCUCCAGGGAUAGCAUCUCCAGCAUCCCCACUCCCAUAUCACCCGAUGACUCCGGCGCCGUUGCCGAUUCUUUUGUAUUUGCAUUUGAUAUCGAUGGAGUGCUCGUCCGUGGUGGCAACCCCAUCCCAGAAGCCAUUGAGGCCAUGAAGGUUCUAGAUGGAGAAAACGAAUAUGGAAUGAAAAUACCUCACAUUUUCCUUACCAAUGGCGGCGGCAAGACUGAAGAAGAGCGUUGCCACGAUCUAUCACGCCAGCUUCAGCGUGAAAUUAAGCCUGGACAGUUCAUUUGCGGGCAUACUCCCAUGAGGGAAAUGGCCGAAAAGUAUAAGACAGUCCUCGUCAUUGGAGGCGAGGGCGAAAAAUGCCGUCUCGUCGCCGAAGGAUACGGCUUCAAAGAUGUCGUUACUCCAGGAGAUAUCAUUAAGCACAAUGCUGCCACAACACCAUUCCGAAAGCUGACGCCUGAAGAGCUCAAAAACUCCCGUGAGCGAGACUUUGAUGACGUUGUCAUCGAUGCCGUCUUUGUAUUUGCUGAUUCUCGGGACUGGGCCGGCGACAUUCAGAUCAUGCUGGAUGUAGCCAUGUCUCAAGGCGGCCGGCUCGGAAUUCGCAGCGAGACCUUCGACGAAGGUCCUCCAUUCUACUUCUCCCACAACGAUGUUGUUUGGUCUGCUGCCCACGAGCACGUCCGUCUCGGCAUGGGCGCUCUCAGACGCAUGUUCGAGAUCACGUUCAAAGAUCUCACAGGAGGCAAAGGCAAGCUACACACACACGCCUUUGGCAAGCCUCAAGUCUCUACCUUUGAGUUUGCUGAGCGAUUGAUGCAAACGUGGCGAAGCACCGAGCAUGGCAUUUCUGGUCCUCCACAGACGGUUUACUUCGUUGGCGAUACACCUGAAAGCGACAUCCGUGGCACCAAUGCUAUCAAUGAAGUUGCUGAAAACGAUUGGUACAGCAUCCUGGUGAAGACAGGUGUAUAUCAGGAGGGAACAGAGCCGGCGUACAAGCCUCGCGCUACGGUGACCAACGUGCUUGAUGCUGUAAAUCACGGCCUCCAGCGCGAGAUGCGUAAGAAAGUCACCGCAUCGCUCAAGCAAAAUGUCCUCAGCCAACCGGAAUAUGCUGAUAUUGAAGCGGCUGUCGUGAACGAGGACAUGCUUAUCACUGUAUAA